CCUAAUCGUAAAGCGCUGUUGUUGUUUUUGAUCGCCAAUGCCGACGAAGACAUAAAGACGUUACCUCUGGUGUGAACAUUGAUCCCUACCUGGAUUCAUCAUCAUGUCGUCGAACCAAGUCGCGGCGGCUGUCUCACAAGAAUUUCUGGAGAACUGCUUCACAGUUUCCGCUCAGGCGCUCUGCAUCUACGACUUCUGCCUGACCUUCACGCAUGAGGUGCAAUUCAUGUGGAAACUCAAGCCUUCCGUUGGCUCCGUCCUGUUCUUCACUUUGCGCUACACCGCACAGUGCAACACUAUCGCGGUCGUCUUCGGCUAUCUCUUCUCCGGCGUCUGGCAAGAUGAGUUGUUGUACACUUUUGGGACGCCUCCAGAUGACAGGCGACGUACUGAUUUUAACGAGCGGCUUUUCUCAGCCUUGCGCAUCUAUGCUCUUUCAAGGAAGAAUAAGUGGCACCUUGGUGUCACACUCAUACUAGGUCUAAUAAAUCCAGUAUUGUCUGCAGUGCUACACAUUCGUUCUAUCCACGCCUUUUCUCGCGCACCUUGCGCCAGGGCAUCAAACGUGCUCCUCCGAUGCGCAGCUCAGGGAAGACAUGUGCGUGUCUCAAAAUCUCCGACACGUUCAGAAUUAUGCACGCAACUGAUGUCGUUGCAACCUUGAUCACCUGCAGCUGUGGGUAAUAACAAUGUCUGUCGACUCAGGCUAACGGUGACCCAUUCUACACAGGGAUGAUGGUGGGGCGAGGGUCUGCGGUUAUCUUCGACGCCGUUGCACUGGUCCUCACCUGGCUGAGUAUUAAGCAUGGGGUGAGCAUAAGAAAUCGGACUGACGGAUCAAACGCGCCUCCCCGUGUCGUGUCGGGGAUAGGGAACAUGUCA